AUGUGGUUAAAUAGAAAUACCCUUUUCGCUACUACCAUUUUAGUCGUUUUGAGUCUUUUUUUCUCAUCAUCGGUAUCAGCCGAAGAAUGCCAAACCAUCACCAAAACACGAGCCCAAACAAAAACCAUUUCUCCCACGAAUUGUGCAAGUUUCACCACCACUACUACCACUGCAACAGCUACUAAAAAACCUGUCAUUUGCGUUCCUGAUAAAGUUAAUAAUAAUUCCCGUAAAAGAGAUCUCAAUCUCAAGCAAACUUAUGAGAAAAUGUGCGAUAAUAAAUUCCAUCAAUGUAAUACGGGCAAGCAAUUGUGCAAAAAUGAAUAUAGAAUAUGCAAUCGAAACAUAAAAUGCAAAAGAGUCGUCCAUUGUACUCCAACCGUUUUCUUAGAAUGUCCAAAAGCUCAAAUCAUAACGUUGACAGCUGAUGCUACUACCACGACGACGACCACGACUACAGCUACUUUCACCACUACAGCAGUAAUCACAAACACUGUAUGUAGGCCUGAUAAUGAGCCAUGUCAAUUAACUAUUGAUGAUGUAGUGAAAUGCUGCUCUCAGUGUUGUAUUUCCAAUGACGGCGGCAUUACCGCCCGUUGUUGCGACUUCUUAUAA